UCAACACGUGAUUAUUUUCUGGUUGUAAGGAAAAGGACGAUUUUAAAAACAUUUUUGACUACAAGUGUAUUUUUUUUGUUAUCGUUUGCCAUUUAGUUGAAAGAUCUUUUUAAAUGUGUUCAGUGGCUAUUUUGCACGUAAACCCAAUUCUGAGAAAAUCUGUGAAGAAAUAUGGGAUUUUCCUUCUCGGUUUCUGAAAAAUGCUGUGGUCAGUAUUUUUGCUCAAGAUUCAAGCCUAAUUAUCUCAGAAAAAUGCAUGGCUUCUCUCUGGAUUUUAAAAUAGCCCUUGCUUAAAUCUGCUUAUUCCUCCGCUAAUCGGGCGAAAACAACUUUGUACUAGAAGGCACCUUUCUUUUAAAAGGAAGUGCACUAUUGCUAUAUGUUGUCAGCAAGAGACUGUUUUAGUCUCUCGCUGUAAGUUGUAACUAUGGUUACAUAAUUACAUUCAACUAAUAAAAAUAAACUGAGCAGCGGUUUUCGGUUGCGUUGAAACUGAAAGAGUUCCUGCUUCCGGAAACUAUUAAAAGUGUAUUAUAAGAAACACCUCCACUCGCAGUCUUUACACGGAAUAGUUGCAAGCCGAAAAUGUCUCUACUUGGGAAAUAUCCGUGCGACAACAUCACAGCUCCAACGUAUUUGUCCUUCUCCACGGCCGCAUCUUCAAUAUUAAUUACUAUCAUUGCGUCUGUUGGAAACUCUCUCGUGGUUCUUGCUGUGUUCUUGAAUCCCAACGAGGACUUACGAACGCCGUUUAACAUCUUGUUAGCGAAUCUUAGCAUUGCGGAUCUUGUCGUUGGACUCAUAUUAGGUCCUAUGUCGACGACUUACCAUAUCUUUGAGGGACUCGACAUGUUGAAGCAGCGUUUUCAAGACGUGGUAUAUCUCUCGUACUUCAUUUCUUGCACUGCUUCUCUUCUCAGUCUCACAGCCCUGGCUCUAGAGCGCUAUCUCGCCAUCACUUACCCUCUGAUGUACCGAACCAAGCGCAACCCUGCCAGGGCGUUGCUGGUCGCGCUCAUGGUGUGGAUUGUGUCCAUUCUGCUCCCAAUGAUUUACUUCAUCGUGGGCUACAACAAAUUUCGCUUUAUCUUUGCGAACACUGCUGUAGUGAUUGCAUUCGCAGUGCUGAUUUUCACCAAUGCAAAGAUUUUCAAGUAUUUGCGAAACCAAGUACAACAAUGGGAUGACUUGCACGACAGUACUGAAGAGAACUUAGCCAUGAAACAAGCGAUAAAAUGGGAGAAGAAAAUAACGAAAACACUGGUCAUUGUGCUGGUGUUAUUUUUAGCGUUUUAUCUGCCGUCCUGUGUUUGUAUUUAUAUCAUAAACUUCUGCACAGACUGCGACUGCGUGUUUAUCCACUGGGUCAGAGACAUUCAAUUUGUUCUAGUAAUGGCCAAUUCAGGCGUCAAUCCAUUCGUGUACGCCUGGAGAUUGGAAAAUUAUCGAAGAGCUUUUAAGAGCUUUCUGACGUGUCACGCGUGUAUGGAGCGGCUAAGGUCCAUUUCAGUUUUGAAUUUGCAAUUAUCAACAACAGUGAGCACCGAUGCGCCCUCAAACAACCCAGAGGGGCCAUGCAAUCCGACAGUAGAUAUCGAAGAAGUUAAGUGAACAGUGGAAUCAACGAAAUAGAGGAUUUGAACCAAGGGAAGAUAGACCUUGAAGGAAUUAAAAACCUAAACAUGGUUAUAUUUAGCAUCUGUUUCAGGGAAAUGUUUAUGCCAAAGUUCAAACCGAUAGAUGCAGCUGACUGAAUAUUGGUUUACGCUCAAUUUAGUUAAUGAUUGUACAUUUUAGGUUCCCGUUCUUCUUCCACCAGGCAACCCCUAAGUCUACAAAAAAUUGUUCAUUCAAACCAAAACUUGGACAUAAAAUUACAUGUUAUGGCAAGGCUAUGCAAUCAAUGUAUGUUUAGUCGAUGAUGACGCACAACAUCGACACAAUUCAUUUACCCUUUGUACUGACCUGUAAUGGCACGUAAAAUAUGAUUUGCCUCAAGUCACCGUGGCUUGCUAAAAGCAGGGUUAAAAAAUAUAAAUAGACUGCGUAAAAGACAGCUUACAGCUGUUUUGAAAUAAGUGUGUGUGCAAAUGGCUAUUUUGUUGUUGGGAUUCGAUGAUCAUUUGUAAUUGUUGCAAUUUGAUGUCUGGUAUAAUUAAAGUGGCUGCGAGUCACAGAACUUGGAAAAUAAAUUAUAAAUACUUUCACCCUCCAGUAACUGUGUCCUAGUAGCGUAGUGUGAUAAGCGCUGGUUCUCUGUGCGAGAGAUUGUGAGUUCGAAUCUUAAUGGC